UGCCCCGAGGGCCUGGUAGUAGUUGGAUCAGCGUCCUUCUUUCCUUGGUCGCUGGGCGCCUUCGAUUGUCUGCUAGACGCGUGGAGUUGCAGCAGUUUUUUAGCUGAACCUACCAACACAUUAAAAGAUCUGUAUUUGGGGAACCUGUGCCCAGACCAGAAUCCUUGCUUCACACACCAGCGGUGCCAUUGCUGCAGCACCGAAGGACUGCCUGCUUAGACGUUUAAAAGCCCCCUACAAGGUGAACACCACUAACUAACAGGGCGAGUGCGGAUCGGGAGCUGCUUGCAGCUCUGCAAGAGGCGAGGGACGAGUUGGAGCAGACACAGGCAUUGUCUGCGGACGAGCAGCAGCUGUUGAGUGCGAUCUUAGACAGUCAGGCUUAUCAGAAGCUAGAUUCGGAUCAUGCAUCGGGUCUGGAGCCGCUCGGGCAGCGGCCUCCUGAACCGGCAGGUACCGCAGCUCAGAAGAAGAUUAUGCAGGCAGCCAUCAGCAAAUGGGAAAGCAGGGCCGAAGGCUUAGUACAACAGCACCAGAAGAACGUGACAGCCUUUGGGGACGACCUUCAGAUGCAGAGGUCGGAGCUGCGGCGCCGUUGGGGUGCCACGCUGCUUCUGGGGCAGACCUCGGGAGCUGGGGGGUCAGGGCCUUCGGCGACGGAGGGCGUGCUGGCGCCGGAUGUUGGCCAGGGCUCCGGCGGCCUGGGUGACGGGUUGGCCGCCGGAGGCGGCGCGCUAGGCGGGGGCGACCACACGACUCCGGGUGGCCCGGUUUCCCUCCCUCCCCCCCUCCCUCCCUUAUGCCCGGCGCUGUUGAGCCCGGUUUCCCUCCCUCCCCCCUCCCUCCCUUAUGCCCGGCGCUGUUGAGCCCGGUUUCCCUCCCUCCCCCCUCCCUCCCUUAUGCCCGGCGCUGUCGAGCCCGGUUCCCCUCCCUUCCCCCCUCCCCCCCUUAUGCCCGGCGCUGUUGAGCCCGGUUCCCCUCU